CGGGCUGCAGACGCCCCUUCUACUAGCAGGGCUGGUACAUCUAGAGGUGGGAGUAGACCGGUUCCCCCGACUCCGUCGACUUAUCCUCAUCCUGGAUGGCCAGAUAUGCCUACUGAGUUGAUGGCAUGGCAGUAUGGGGCUAUUUCUCCAACCCCGAUCCCGCUAGAGCCUCCGAUGCCCAGUGAUCGAUACGCCAUUGAUCCUGACUCACCGCUGCCACCUCGAGGGUACAUGGAGGAGGUGGUUGGACUGGUGGCCACACUCGAGGGCAUGGUCCUGCGUAGGGAGUCACAGUUGUCUGUCGCGGGCAUUCAGAUGCCUUCAUGGUCCGGUCAGCCGCAGGCCAGGCCACCUGGGCCUCCUUGGGGAGCUGAGCCAUCUGGGCCAUUUCACGGAGUUGGGUCAUCCGGGCUUUUUCAGGGGGCUAGGCCAUCCCGGCCUUUCCGAGGAGCUGGGUAUGGUUAA